GUGAAUUGUUUCUCUUUCUUUCUCUCUCGCUCUUUUGGAUAAAUUUUAUUUUGGCGGGUUCUUGACCUUUAGGAAAAGCAUAACACUUUCCAAAGGAAACCGCUAUGGAGAGUGAUGGGUCAAAGGAGCUGGAGACAGCAGAAGAGAUCCAGGAGAGGCGCCAGAAGGUGCUGGCUCGGUACCAGAGGUUCAAGGAACGGGUUGCUGAGAGGGGUCAGAAGCUCGAAGAUUCCUAUCACUACCAGGUUUUCAUACGAGAUGCAGAUGACCAUGAGAAAUGGAUCACGGAGAAAAUGAAGAUUGCAAGUGAUAAAAGCUAUGAAGACCCAACGAACAUACAGGGGAAAUAUCAGAAGCAUGAAUCCUUUGAAGCAGAGGUGCAAGCAAAAUUAUGGGUCCUUCCUGAUCUGGAAAAAACCAGGGAACUCCGAUUUCCUGAGGGGCAUUUUGCCCAUGAGGACACCAAGGGCCUUCUGGAGGAACUGAAGCGCCUGUGGGACCUGCUGCUGGAGGCGACCCGGGAGAAGGGUGCCCUGCUGCUGGGGGCCCUGAAACUCCAACAGUACUUCCAGAAGUGUGAUGACAUCUUGGAGUGGAUUGGAGACAAGGAGGCUCUGGUGACAUCAGUGGAGCUGGGUGAGGACUGGGAGCGCACAGAGGUUCUGCAUAAGAAGUUUGAAGAGUUCCAAGCAGAUCUGGCAGUUCGAAAGGAGAGAGUGAAUGAAGUGAACCGAUAUGCCAAUGAGUGUGCAGAGGGAAGGCAUCCUGAGCUGCCCUCGAUUGAGUCAAAGCAGAACGAGGUGAAUACAGCCUGGCAGCGUCUCCAUGAUCUAGCUCUCCAACGACAGAAAAUGCUGUCCAGUGCUGCAGACCUCCAGAGAUUCAGAAGGGAUGUGACUGAAGCCAUCCAGUGGAUUAAGGAGAAAGAGGAUCAAGUCACCUCUGAGGACUAUGGCAAAGACCUUGUGAGCUCUGAGGCACUGUUUCACAGCCACAAGACACUUGAGAGGAACCUUGCAGUCAUGAAUGACAAGGUGAAGGAGUUAUGUGCCAAAGCAGACAAGUUGAAGCUUUCCCAUCCUUCAGAUGCAGCUGAAAUCCAGCAGAUGAAAGAGGAUCUGCUCUCCAGUUGGGAACAUAUUCGCAACUUGGCUACAAGCAGAUAUGAAAAGCUGCAGGCUUCUUAUGGGUACCAGCGGUUCUUAUCUGACUAUGAUGAGCUCUCAGGUUGGAUGGAGGAAAAGACUGCUCUGAUCAAUGCUGAUGAGCUGCCCACAGAUGUGACUGGUGGGGAAGCCCUACUGGACAGGCAUCAGCAGCAUAAGCAUGAGAUUGACUCUUAUGAUGACCGAUUUCAAUCUGCUAAUGAGACUGGCCAAGCCCUGCUGGAUGCCAAUCAUGAAGCAUCUGGUGAAGUUCGGGAAAAGAUGACGGCACUUUCGAACAACUGGGCAGCUCUGCGGGAGCUGUGGGCGGAGCGUCAGCAGCAGUAUGAGCAGUGCUUGAACCUGCAUCUCUUCUACCGCGACAGUGAGCAAGUAGACAGCUGGAUGAGCAGACAAGAGGCCUUUCUGGAAAAUGAGGACCUCGGAAAUUCCUUGGGCAGUGUAGAAGCCCUUCGUCAGAAGCAUGAUGAUUUUGAGGAAGCUUUUACUGCCCAGGAGGAGAAGAUCACAACCGUAGACAAGACUGCAACCAAACUGAUUGAUGAUAAGCAUUAUGAUUCAGAGAACAUUGCCACUAUCCGGGACGGGCUGUUGGCCCGACGGGACGCUCUACGAGAAAAGGCUGCCACCAGACGCAGAUUGCUGGAGGAUUCAUUCCUUCUGCAGCAACUGUAUCAGGACUCAGAUGACCUAAAGAACUGGAUCAACAAAAAGAAAAAGUUGGCAGAUGAUGAAGAUUACAAGGAUACACUGAACUUGAAGAGCCAGGUUCAAAAGCAGAAAGUCUUUAAAGAAGAAUUGGCAGCUAAUGAGAUCCGGCUCAAUAAUGUACAGAAAACUGGCCAGGAGAUGAUUGAGAGCAAUCAUUAUGCCUCCGAAAGUGUGGCUGCUCGUUUGAGUGAAGUUACCAGCCUCUGGACUGAACUGCUGGGGGCUACAGAGCAGAAAGGGAUCCAGUUGGAUGAAGCUAAUAAGCAGCUGCAAUUUGAAAAUACUGCAGAAGAACUGAUACAAUGGCUGGAGGAAGUGGAAUGGCAGGCUAGGUCUCAGGAUUAUGGGAAAGGCCUAGCAGAUGUGCAGAAUCUGCUCAGGAAACAUAACCUCCUGGAGUCUGCUGUGGCUACUCGUCAGGAUCAGGUGGACACCCUCACAGAACUGGUGGCAUAUUUUGAAGAAAUAAUCCAUCCCGAUGCUGGGAAUAUGCGGGAAAGGCAGGAGUACCUGGUAUCCCAGUUUGAAGCCCUGAAAGAGCGACUGGCCUACCGGAAGAAUAAGCUCAUUGACCUUUUCCACCUGUACCAGAUCCAGAGAGAUACAGAGGAUGAGGAGGCCUGGAUCCAAGAGACAGAACCCUCAGUGGCUUCCACCUACCUUGGCAAAGACCUGAUUACCUCCAAUAAUCUUCUGAACAGACACCGUGUCAUCCAGGCUAACAUUGCCAGCCAUGAGCCACGCAUCCAAAUGAUCACAGAGAAGGGAAACAAAAUGGUAGAGGAAGGACACUUUGCUGCAGAAGAUGUGGCCUCUAGGGUCAAGAGUUUGAAUGAGAAUAUGGAAUCUCUCCAGGCUCGAGCUACUAGACGGCAGAAUGAUCUUGAAGCCAACGUCCAAUUCCAGCAGUACCUAGUCGAUCUGCACGAAGCAGAAGCAUGGAUUAGAGAGAAGGAACCUAUAGUAGACAACACUAACUAUGGGGCUGAUGAAGAAGCAGCUGGGGCUCUUCUAAAGAAGCAUGAGGCCUUUCUAGUGGAUCUGAAGGCUUUUGGAAACAGUAUGCAAGCUCUUCGGGAUCAGGCAGAAGCCUGCCAGAAACAGCAGGCUGCACCUGUGGAGGUGGCUGCUCCAGAAGAGAGGGUUGUGGCCUUAUAUGACUUCCAGGCCCGCUACUCCCGAGAAGUCACCAUGAAGAAAGAUGAUGUCUUAACACUGCUCAGUUCCAUCAGCAAGGACUGGUGGAAAGUAGAAACUGAUGAUCAGCAGGGCUUUGUGCCAGCUGUCUACGUGAGGAAACUAGCCCGUGAUGAAUUUCCUAUGCUCCCACAACGGAAGCGAGAAGAACCAGGCGACAUCAUCCAGCGCCAGGAACAGAUUGAGAACCAGUACCAGUCCCUCCUACAUCGGGCAGACCAGCGCAGACGUCGUCUGUUGCAACGUUACAAUGAGUUUUUGCUGGCCUAUGAGGCAGGAGACAUGCUGGACUGGAUCCGAGAGAAAAAGGCAGAAAACACUGGGGUGGAAUUAGAUGAUGUUUGGGAGUUACAGAAAAAGUUUGAUGAGUUCCAAAUGGAUUUGAAGACAAAUGAGCCUCGACUGAGGGAUAUCAACAAGGUGGCUGAUGAUCUUCAAUUUGAAGAGCUUCUGACACCAGAAGGAGCUCAAAUACAGCAGGAGUUGAAUUCCCGUUGGCGGUCCUUGCAGAGGCUGGCAGAGGAACAGCGCCAACUGCUGGGCAGUGCCCAUGCUGUCCAGAUGUUUCACAGAGAAGCAGAUGACACAAAGGAGCAGAUUGAGAAGAAGCACCAGGCCCUCGAUACGGCUGAGCCUGGUUCAGACUUGUUCAGUGUGCAGGCCCUUCAGCGGCAGCAUGAGAACUUUGAAAGAGAUCUCGUACCUCUGGGGGAAAAGGUGGAGGUAUUGAGGGAUACAGCAGAUCGGCUCAGUGAAUCCCACCCAGAUGCCACUGAUGACCUGCAGAGGCAGCGGUUGGAGCUGAAGGAGGCCUGGGAUGAGCUGCAGGGGCUUACACGGGAUCGUAAGGAGAACCUACAGGAGUCCUUAAAAUUCUACCAGUUCCUCAGCCAGGCCAGGGACUUACAGAAUUGGAUUAGUGGCAUUGGUGGCAUGGUCUCAUCCGAGGAGCUGGCUGAGGAUUUAACUGGCACAGAGAUCAUGAUAGAGCGACACCAGGACCAUCGUGCUGACAUGGAGGCCCAGGCUCCCGCCUUCCAGGCCUUUGAAGACUUCGGUACAGAUCUGACAAUCAGUGGGCACCGGGACAGCCCCAAAAUUGAAGAAAAGCUUCAAGCUGUUAGACUAGAGAGAGAUGAGUUGGAGAGUGCUUGGGAACAACGCAAAAAGAUGCUAGAUCAGUGUCUGGAGUUGCAGUUGUUCCGAGGGAACUGUGAUCAGGCUGAGAGCUGGAUGGUGGCACGUGAGAAUUAUCUAAGGUCGGAUGAUAAGGGGUCCUUAGACAGUCUGGAGGCCUUGAUGAAGAAACGUGAUGAUUUGGACAAAGCGAUUACUGACCAGGAAAAGAGAAUCACUGAACUAGAUCUUUUUGCUGAACGACUCAUAGCUGAAGACCACUAUGCCAAGGACGAGAUUGCUGCUCGGAACCAACGCAUACUAGAGAGAUGGAAGAUUCUCAAAGAACAGCUGAUUGAUGAGCGGAUGAAACUUGGAGACCAUGCUGACCUAAAACAAUUCUACCAUGACCUCAAGGACCAAGAAGAAUGGAUCAGUGAGAUGUUGCCCAUAGCCUGUGAUGAAUCCUACAAAGAUCCCACCAAUAUUCAGAGAAAAUAUCUGAAGCACAAGACCUUUGAAGAUGAGGUCAAUAGCCGAGCUGAGCAGGUGGAAGGAGUCAUCAACUUGGGGAACACUCUGGUUGAUCGGAGGGCAUGCGAUGGUAAUGAAGAGUCUGUGAAGGAUCAAGUAGAAGAGUUGGAGAAAAACUGGGACUACUUGCUUGAGAGAACAAUUGACAAAGGACAGAAGCUCGAUGAAGCUAGUCGCCAGCAGAGGUUCAACACAAGCAUCCGGGACUUUGAGUUCUGGCUCUCAGAGGCAGAGACACUGCUGACCAUGAAGGAUCAGGCCAGGGAUCUGGCUUCAGCAGGAAACUUGCUCAAGAAGCAUCAGCUACUGGAAACAGAGAUGUUGGCCAGACAGGAUGCACUCCAGGACCUGAACACAUUGGCUGCAGAGCUGAUCGCCAGUGGGACUUUCAAUACUGACCAGAUCAUGGAGAAAAGGGAUAAAGUCAACGAGCGCUUCCUGAAUGUCAAGGAUUUGGCGGCUGAGCACCAUGAGAAUCUGAAAGAGGCGUAUGCCUUAUUCCAGUUCUUCCAGGACCUAGAUGAUGAAGAGUUCUGGAUAGAGGAGAAGUUGGUACGAGUGAGAUCCCAGGACUAUGGGAGGGAUCUGCAGGGGGUUCAGAAUUUGCUGAAGAAGCACAGACGCCUAGAAGGAGAGCUGGUGGCGCACGAACCUGCCGUCCAGAAUGUGCUGGAUAUGGCAAAAAAGCUGGGAGACAAGGCGGCCGUGGGGCGAGAGGAGAUCCAGAACAGGCUUGAUCAGUUUGUUCAACACUGGGACCAGCUCAAAGAGUUGACCAAGGCUCGAGGGAUUCAGUUGGGAGAAUCCCUAGAAUACUUGGAAUUCAUGGAGAAUGCUGAGGAGGAGGAAGCUUGGAUCAGUGAAAAGGAAGCUAUGGUUGCCCAAGGGGAUUCUGGAGACACUUUGGCCGCUACUCAGAGCUUACAAAAGAAGCUCGAAACUUUGGAGAAUGACUUUGCUGUCCAUGAGAUUCGAGUGCAAAAUGUGUGUGCUCAAGGAGAAGAUAUCCUGAGUAAGGUAAGACAGGGGGAUAGUCAACAUAAAGAGAAGAUUUCUAACAAGAUACAGGCUCUAAAUGAAAAGAUUCCUUGUCUGGCCGAGUCAUUGGCUGUUUGGAAGUCACAACUGGAAGAUGAUCAUGACUUUCAGCAGUUCAACUGGAAGGCUGAUGUGGUUGAGGCCUGGAUAGCUGAGAAAGAAACAAGCUUGAAGACCAAUAGCAAUGAUGCAGACCUUGCUGCCCUGUCCACUCUCCUGGCAAAACAGGACACACUGCAUGCCAGUCUGCAGAGCUUCCAGCAAGAGAGACUGUCUGAGAUAACUGACCUGAAGGAUCAACUUGUGGCUGCUGGGCACAGCCAGACCAAAGCCAUCGAGGAGCGCCAUGCUGCCCUGCUGAGGCGCUGGGAACAGUUGCUGGAAGCCUCCGAAGUCCACAGACAGGAAUUGCUAGAGAAACAACGGCCCCUUCUGGAGGCUGAGGUUCUAUUCAUGGAAUUCGCACACAAGGCCUCAGCUUUCAACAACUGGUAUGAGAAGGCCGAGGAGGACCUGUCAGAGCCUGUGCGCUGUGUCUCCCUGGAUGCAAUCCGGCAGCUGCAGAAGGACCACGAGGCCUUCUUGGCCUCCGUGACAAAGGCCCAAAGAGACUUCAAUGAUUUGCAAGAGCUAGACCAGCAGAUUAAGGCCUUAAAUGUGCCCUCCAGCCCCUAUACCUGGUUGACAGUGGAGGUGCUAGAGAGAGUCUGGAAACACCUAUCUGAUAUCAUCAAGGAAAGAGAGCAGGAGUUGGAAAAGGAAGAGGCAAGACAGAUCAAGAACUUUGAGAUGUGCCAGGAAUUUGAACAGAAUGCCAGUGCCUUCCUUAAUUGGAUCUUGGAGACCAGGGACCAUUUUCUGGAUGGAUCUUUGCUGAAAGAAACAGGAACACUAGAAUCCCAGCUGGAAGCAAAUAAAAGGAAGCAAAAGGAAAUCCAGGCAAUGAAGCAUCAACUGACCAAGAUUGAGGACCUGGGAGAAAGCUUAGAAGAGGCUAUGGUCCUGGACAUUAAAUACAGCACCAUUGGGCUGGCUCAGCAGUGGGAACAGCUCUACCAGCUUGGGAUGCAAAGGCAACACAGUCUGGAACAACAAAUCCAAGCCAGAGACAUCACCGGUCUCAGUGAAGAGACACGACAAGAGUUUGAAACAACCUUUAGGCACUUUGAUGAGAAUCUGACAGGUCGCUUGAAUCACAAAGAUUUCCGGUCCUGCCUGAGAGGGCUCAAUUACUACUUGCCCAUGGUGGAGGAGGGUGAACCUGAGCCCAAGUUUGAGAAAUUCCUGGAUACUGUUGAUCCAGGGAGAAAGGGCUAUAUCUCAAAAGAUGAAUAUAUCAACUUCUUGACCGACAAGGAGUCAGAGAACAUCAGAUCCAGUGAUGAACUAGAAGAUUCUUUCCAAGCGCUGGCAGAGGGCAAAGCUUAUAUUACGAAAGAGGACAUGAAGCAGGCCCUAACCCCAGAACAAGUGUCAUUCUGUGCCUCAUGUAUGCAGCAAUAUGUGGAUCCAAGGGGUCGAAGCCAACCUGCUGGCUAUGAUUACGUUGGCUUCAUCAAUUCUUACUUUGGCAACUGAGAGGCAGCUUUUUCUGGGUCAGAGAAUCUUGAUGUUGUGGGAAGUAUUGGGGGAUGAAGGAGAUAGGCAGAUAUGGAAGAUGGGAAGAUAGUUUGUGUGUGUGUGUGUGUGUGUGUGUGUGUUACAUUUAUUGUAAGACCUGAAAAAAAAAAAUCUCGAGCUUGGGAGACAAAGGCAUUAAUGACACUGGAGGAGAGGAGGCCAUGGGUUUAUUUUAUAUGCAACUAUCACUGCUGAAGGGUGCUAAAUAAAGUUUUUAUUUUUCA